AUGGACGCCGCCGUGUUCGUUCCAGAACUGAAAAACGGGUGGAAAAGAAAAUUCCUGAACAACCGCAUCGUGUCAGAACAUAAAAAAUCUCAUCAAGCUGACCUAACGCGUGCGAAAGUGCGCAGAUCGUCAGGGCGACGAAAUGAAUUACCACUCCAGCGCGGCGGCGAGCGGGACUACCACAACACCGUCGAUGCAAGCGGUUUAGUCUGCGCGGGCGGCGCUCAGGGUUGCUCCUUUAAGGCAACGAUUUCUCGGCGCACGCCCGUUUCUCUAGCGACGCGGGGCACGACCACAGCACAGCGGCGGCGUCGAGCCCUCGGUGGGCCAGCCAGGAUCCAAGUUCCGGGAACCAAUGGGCCUGGGAAAGGCAGGCAGAGCGAUGCCGUAAACGGGAUGCACACGCGUGCCUGCGUGGUCCGUGUCUCUGUCACCUGGGACGGCUCGAGCCGGCCGCGCGCGGCCCUUCUGAUGUUCUGGCGUGAUCCACCUGAUGAAUGGGGUUUUCUGUGGUCUGCGCUGGUGCAGACUGCGGCCGGCGUAGAGGCGGAGAGGGGCGGAUAUCAUAGUAUGCAGAUGGACGGGAGGAGCGGCCGGCUUGUGCUGACUGUUCAGAGCGCAGCGGUAGGGAUAGGGUGUUCGGCACCGGCAUUGCGGAUGAAUGUUGAACGCUUUAGAGGCCGUCCUGUUGAACUAUCGCGAUGGAUUGGUUUAUGGGGUCAAUAUCAAACUUCAUUCCGCCCGCUGGCUGUGGAGAGGCGGGCUUCAUUCUCGCAGGGCGUUCUUAGCAAGCUUUUCCCGCAGAUGGCCGGGAGGCCUGCUCAAUUCUCCAGAUUCAGAAAAUGGCCCAGCAGCCUGGCGGGCAUUGAUAAUUGCCUACCGCCUUGGAUCUCUGGAGAGCACGGCCUAACCACGAUAAGAAAUUCUGGUACAGCUAAGGAUCAUCUGUCAAUGACGCUGGGGAACCAGCGGGCAGAUGAACGAAGCGUGGUCGCGAGUUCAGCCAAGCACGCGGGUUGGCACGUUCCCAGGCGCGAUGCACAUGGCGUCUUCUUCUCUCUGCCCACUAUCACGGAACGCAUCUUCGCUGACUUGGGGGAGCGUAUGCUGCGCUGGCUGACUCGCGCGAGGGGAAGGGGCGGAAAGAUAUCGUUCGGAUUCGAAUUCUCUCAGGCAAGUUCCGAGUUCCGACGCUCCGUUCUGACCCUUCUGCCGAGGACGAUCAGCGAGGCGAGGCGAGGCGUCGCAGGCGCCCGCAGAAGCAGCCCUGCUAUCAAUAUGUCUUUGUCUCCCGCAGCCCCCAACCCUGCGCUCCAGAUUUAUUCUGUGGACACCGAUCUCAUGCUGUCCUGCACUACAGAGGUGAAACUCGAGAAGCCCCCCGUAGCCGAUGCCGGCAAAGCACUGGGAGCCGUGGUAAAGGAAGCAGCUGGGGCUCGGGGGGUUCGGACGGGCAUGGCACAUGAGGUCUGCCUGCCAGAGUGGCACACAGGGCAGAUGUAUGGAGAUGGGUGGCACACUCUGGGUGAAGGCGUGAUAUUGGCACACGUGCGGGCGAGUGGCCGCGGACAAUGAGGGUGGGUGGGAGUGGCUCGGGGUU